UGACUACAUUUGGCUGGAGACGGUGGCCUGUCGGUUUAAAUAUUUCUGCCCUAAAGGAUCAUGGGUAAUACAUCUCCUUUCCCUUCUAGCUCUGCGGGAGGUGGGACGAUCGUGCUUCAGCAAAUCUUCCUGAAUUUGGACCGAAUGUUGCGAAUCCUCGACGCUUGACGCCCCUGAUCGGGACUUUAGUGGACUAAAACAUCAUUCGUGCAUUCUUCGUGUCCGGUUGGAGUCGUCUCGUGCACGUGGAAGCUUCUCGGCCUAGCUUAGCUAAAUUUAGCUUAUUUUAGCUUAUCUUAGCUAGCUAACAAAGAGACACGUUUGGGAUCAACACUUCGCGAAGCAGAGAUCAAGCGUGAGAGCGGAAAGUGUUGUGAUCGUCGUGUGAAAAUGUGUGCAAGAAGGACAGCAGAGUACGAGGAGGAACUUUGGGGACCAAAAGAGAAGGAGCCACAACGUCACCUACUAGAUGCUGUGUUCAAUCUGCAACCUCAAACUGUACAACGCACAGCAGACAUCGCUGAAGAUCUUCGUACUGAGCGGCCGGAGCCAGAGCCCCCUCGCAUUAAAGAGGAAGUGAAGGACGAAGAGGUCCACCACAUCAAAGAGGAAGAGGAGCCCCUUUCAAUUAAAAAAGAGGAGAAAAAACUGCACCCCCACAACAGACAGGAAAAAGAGGAGGAUAUCACCAAGUUUCCAUCGACUGGUGUCCGUUUCAAAAAUGAAGAUGAAGGUCAAAGUGAGGAGAGCAGAGGGGCGGAGCCUCCAGGCAGCAGCUCAAGUCAACACAUGACAACAGAAGGUGAUGAAGACCACUGUGGAGGAUCACAAGCAGAUGGCCUCUUAGGUCCACUAUCAGAUAGUGACGACAUGAUGUCGCACUCUACUCAUGAUGAUGAUGAUGGACAGUCUGAAAUUGAUAUGACAUUUCAGACUGACAACAAACGAUGGAAAUGUUCUCAGUGUGGGAAAACAUUUGAUGAUAAGAGUAGUUUGAAACAACACAUGAGAACACAAACUUGUGAGAAACCUUUUGUCUGCUUAGUUUGUGGUCAAAGAUUCACUCAGAAGGGAACCUUGAAAAUACACAUGAGAACCCACACUGGUGAGAAACCUUUUUCCUGCUCAGUUUGUGGUAAAAGAUUCUCUCGAAAGGGAUAUUUAACAAGUCACACAAGAACCCACACUGGUGAGAAACCUUUUUCUUGCUCAGAUUGUGGUCAAAGAUUCUCUCAUAAGGGAAACUUAACAAUACACACAAGAACCCACACUGGUGAGAAACCAUUUUCUUGCUCAGUUUGUGGCCAAAGAUUCACUUAUCAGGGAACCUUGAAAAUGCACACCAGAACCCACACUGGUGAGAAACCUUUUUCAUGCACAGUUUGUGGUCAAAGAUUCUCUGUGAAGGGAAGCUUAAAAAUACACAUAAGAACACACACUGGUGUGAAGCCUUUUUCUUGCUCAGUUUGCGGUCAAACAUUCACUCAGAAGGGAAACUUAAUAAUACACACAAGAACCCACACUGGUGAGAAACCAUUUUCCUGCUCAGUUUGUGGUCAAAGAUUCACUUAUCAGAGAACCUUGAAAAUGCACACCAGGACCCACACCGGUGAGAAACCUUUUUCAUGCACAGUUUGCGGUCAAAGAUUUUCUGUAAAGAGAGGUUUACAAAUGCACACAAGAACUCACACUGGUGAGAAACCUUUUUCCUGCUCAGUUUGUGGUCAAAGAUUCACGCAUAAGGAAACCUUGAAAAUACACACGCGAACCCACACUGGUGAGAAACCUUUUUCCUGCUCAGUUUGUGGUCAAAGAUUCACUCAGAAGGCAAACGUAAUAAUACACACAAGAACCCACACUGGUGAGAAACCAUUUUCCUGCUCAGUUUGUGGUAAAAGAUAUUCUGUGAAGAGAGACUUAAAAAUGCACACAAGAACUCACACUGGUGAGAAACCUUUUUCCUGCUCAGUUUGUGGUAAAAGAUUCACGCAUAAGGAAACCUUGAAAAUACACACCAGAAGCCACACUGGUGAGAAACCUUUUUCCUGCUCUGUUUGUGGUCAAAGAUUCACUCAGAAGGGACACUUAAAACAACACACAAGAACCCACACUGGUGAGAAACCAUUUUCCUGCUCAGUUUGUGGUCAAAGAUUCUCUUAUCAGGGAACCUUGAAAAUACACACCAGAAGCCACACUGGUGAGAAACCUUUUUCCUGCUCAGUUUGCGGUCAAAUAUUCACUCAGAAGGGACACUUAAAAAAACACACAAGAACCCACACUGGUGAGAAACCAUUUUCCUGCUCAGUUUGCGGUCAAAGAUUCACUGAUAAGGGAACCUUGAAAAGACACACCAGAAGCCACACUGGCGAGAAACCUUUUUCUUGCUCAGUUUGUGGUCAAAGAUUCUCUAGAAAGGAAACCUUAAAAAUACACACAACAUCGCACACUGGUGAGAAACCUUUUUCCUGCUCAGUUUGUGGUCAGAGAUUCACUCAGAAGGGACACUUAAAACAACACACAAGAACCCACACUGGUGAGAAACCUUUUUCUUGCUCAGAUUGUGGUCAGAGAUUCACUCAGAAGGUUGUUUUUAAAAAACACACAAGAACCCACGCUGGUGAGAAACCUUUUUCAUGCUCAGUUUGUGGCCACUGUUAUAAGUAUCAGGUUAAGACACACAAGUGUGCUGGUGAGAAUAGCAGUGCUCAAGAAGAUUUUAAUGCAAAUGUAAAUGUUUAAUUUACAACCCCAAUUUCAAAGAAGUUGGGACGUCCAUCCAUCCAUCCAUUUUCUACCGCUUAUCCGGAUCGGGUCGCGGGGGCAGUAGCUUUAGCAGGGACGCCCAGACUUCCCUCUCCCCAGCCACUUCAUCCAGCUCUUCCAGGGGGAUCCCGAGGCGUUCCCAGGCCAGCCGAAGGACGUAGUCUCUCCAGCGUGUCCUGGGUCGUCCCCAGGGUCUCCUCCCGGUGGGACGUGCCCGGAACACCUCACCCGGGAGGCGUCCGGGAGGCAUCCGAAUCAGAUGCCCCAGCCACCUCAUCUGUCUCCUCUCAAUGCGGAGGAGCAGCGGCUCUACUCUGAGAUCCUCCCGGAUGACCGAGCUUCUCACCCUAUCUCUAAGGGAGAGCCCGGACACCCUGCGGAAGAAAAACUCAUUUCGGCCGCUUGUAUCCGGGAUCUUGUUCAGCCACGUCAUCCCACGUCAAGUAAUGCUUGCAGAUUUAUUUACUCAUACGUCAGCUCAAUUUAUGUAUUGAUCACAAAGGCUUUUCUGUGGAUGGCAUUUUGUGACAGACGUGGACUCUGGCUGGCUGUCGUAACGUCGGAUGACCUAUGACGAGGGUCUCCCGGCCGAACGUGUUACGUCCCGAAACUGCAGUUGAUCUGAUUUGAUCUUAUCUGAUCCAUAAAAUCUAAAAAAUUGUUCUGAUUGUUGGAAUAUUUUCAGAGGAUGAAGCUGCCAUGAGUAGAGAUGGCCGCACAAAUUUGGUUGAUGAUUGUUGACAGUUUUUGGAUAUUAAUCUGCUUUUAUUGAGUUCAUGCAUGAGGCUUGCAAGGAUGUGGCACUCACCUGCCGUGUUUGUAUGAUUUUUAUGAUGACCAUAAUAAAUUUCUGAUUUUUCAGUACAUUAAAUUAGUGAUUGAACAUAAUUUUCACCUUAUACUGUUGUUCAUGUGGUGCAAUGAUUAUAUGACCGCAAUUAAAGAGAAAAUACCAGCUUGAACAAAGCGGUGUUUGCAAACUCAACCAAGCUGUAUUUUGUUCUUUUUUUAAUUUCCUGAAAAGUUGUCAUUUUCGACUGGUUAGAGCGUCUGCCUCACAGUUCUGAGGACCCGGGUUCAAUCCCCGGCCCCGCCUGUGUGGAGUUGGCAUGUUCUCCCCGUGCCUGCGUGGGUUUUCUCCGGGCGCUCCGGUUUCUUCCCACAUUCCAAAAACAUGCAUGGUAGGUUAAUUGAAGACUCCAAAUUGCCCAUAGGGGUCAAUGUGAGUGCAAAUGGUUGUUUGAAUAUUUGAGUGCCCUGCGAUUGGCUGGCGACCAGUUCAGGGUGUACCCCUCCUCCUGCCCGAUGAUAGCUGGGAUAGGCUCCAGCACUCCUGCGACCCUUGUGAGGAUAAGCAGCUCAGAAAAUGGAUGGAUGGAUGGAAGUUGUCAUUUUGAAGGUGACGGGAUUCCACCUGACAGCUACGAUGUUUCAAAUAUGACCAAUUACUGCCAUUUCAUAGGAUAGUACAUUGCUUUUUCCCACAUCAGCUAUGCCAGUACUUUCCAAUCUUUGAUUUUGGUGAUGAGAAAAGGGGCGUUCGAAAGAGAAUUCGUUAUUCACCAAUUGCUCUAAAAUGUAUUGAUAUUGGAAAUGACUGCCUGUUUAAUUUGCUUGAGCAAAAAAUACAUAAAAUAAACUUGUUUGUGAAAUUUGGACCAUUACUUCCUUUGAGGAAUGCAUGCAUUUUGUUUUAGUGUUUACAAUAUCAAAUAAGUGAAUGAUUGAUUGAAAUAAGACUGGAAAGAAAAUGUGACUUUUGGUGGUAAACUGUAACGUGUAUUUGUGAUCUUUAAUAAAAUACAUUUCUUAAAA